GGGUUUGCUGAAGGUACAGUUCGAUCGUUUGUUUUGUACCGUGAACAACAGCUUCGCUGUCCUGUCCCAACCCGUCCAAAUCACAAUGGCUUUCAAGUUUGUGGUCUUCCUUGCCCUGGUGGCCAUUGCCCAUGCCGGAGUCAUCUCCAGCCCGGCUUUGGCGACCUACGCCGCCGCUCCGGCUCUGUCAUAUUCGGCGCCAAUCGCCCGAACGCUGUCCUACGCUGCCCCAGUGGCCAAGACCAUUGUUGCCGCUCCGGCUCUGGCCAAGACCGUUGUCGCCGAUGAGUACGACCCGAACCCGGAGUACUCUUUCUCGUACGGAAUCUCCGACCAACUGACCGGAGACCAGAAAGAACAGCACGAGACCCGCAACGGUGAUGUCGUCCAGGGAUCUUACUCGCUGGUUGAAGCUGAUGGUACCCGUCGCAUUGUUGAUUACACCGCCGAUCCCAUCCACGGAUUCAACGCCGUCGUCCGCAAGGAAGGACUCGCUGCCCCAGUCAUCGCCGCCAAGACCGUUGUUGCCCAACCUGCCAUCGCCGCCUACGCCGCCCCAGCUGUGACCAAGACCAUCGUCCAGCAGCCAGCCAUUGCCACCAAGACCGUCAUUGCUCAGCCAGCUAUUGCCUCGUACUCGGCUCCUCUGGCCACCAAGACCAUCGUUGCUCACCACUAAAUGGUGUAUUAUAUCCCUUCGAAGAAAGACUGUUACAGCACGUACCUCCUCGUAAAAUCCCUUCUCCUUAAUUUAUUGAUUGUGUUUUCUUUUUUAAGAUGAAAUAAAGCAAACCCAUGAAAAAGACAUA